GGCGGCGGGUAUAAAUCUGAACUGCUGCAGGUUCACACACACACACACAAACAGACACGAUGGAGGUGAAGCUGCUGUGUCUGACUGUUGUUCUUCUCUCCUCACCCCUCCUCACACUGUGUGACCCGCUGUUUGUUCUGUCAGCUCCUAAUUUGCUGAGAGUGGGUUCCUCAGAGAAUGUGUUUGUGGAGGCUCAGGAUUACUCUGGAGGAACUUUUGAUGUAAAGAUCAUAGUGAAUAACCACCCACAGAAAGACAAGGAGAUACUGUCCAAAACAGUGACACUGACUGCAGAAAACAAUUACCAGUUACUUACAGAUAUAAAGAUCCCUGAUGAUCAGAACUAUUUCUCUGCUGAUCCUCUGGAGAAGCAGUAUGUGUAUCUACAAGCUCAUUUUCCUUCCAAAAUCCUGGAGAAAGUGAUCAUGGUCUCAUUCCAGUCUGGAUAUAUAUUUGUACAGACAGACAAGCCCAUCUACACGCCUGCUAGCACAGUUCAAUACAGGAUUUUCUCUCUGACACCCAACCUGAAACCCCUCAGUCAGUCUGGAGUCACGGUGGAGAUCAUGAAUCCACAAGGCAUCACAGUUUCAUCAGAUAAGAUAUAUCCAGUGAAAGGGAUGAAGUCCGGAAAAUAUGCCAUUCCUGAGGUUGCCAGUCUUGGGAUAUGGAAGGUUGUCACACAGUUCGCCAAUACCCCUCAGAAGGAAUUUACUGCUGACUUUGAGGUCAAAGAAUAUGUGCUUCCAACAUUUGAAGUGAAAUUAAAACCCAGUAGAUCAUUCUUCUAUGUGGGUGACGAGAGUCUGACAGUCGACAUUGAAGCCAAGUAUCUGUUUGGACAGAAGGUGGAAGGAAAUGCGUUUGUGAUGUUUGGUGUGAUGGACGGUGAGAAGAAAACAAGUAUUGAUACCUCUUUGCAAAAAGUUGAGAUAAGGGAAGGAGAAGGAGAGGCAGAACUGACCAGGAAGAUGAUCACUAACACCUUUCCAAACAUUAACCAGCUGGUUGGACGAUCAAUCUAUGUUUCAGUCAGUCUUUUAACAGAAAGUGGCAGUGAAAUGGUGGAAGCAGAAAGGAGAGGCAUUCAGAUCGUGACGUCACCGUACACCAUCCACUUCAAAAAAACACCACAAUUCUUCAAACCUGGGAUGCCCUUCGAUAUCUCGGUCUAUGUAACAAAUCCUGAUCAGACGCCUGCUGAAAAAGUGGAAGUGGAGGUCAGUCCUGGAGAGGUCAGAGGUCAAACAACAGCCAAUGGUAUUGCAAAAGUAACCGUCAACACUCUAGGAGGAUCUUCCGAGCUAAAAAUCACUGCAAAAACCAAAGAUCUACAAUUAAGCAACGAACAGCAGGCAGAGAAGACGAUGACGGCUCUUGCUUACAUUCCCAAAGACAGCUCCAAUAACUACUUUCACAUCGGCAUUGAUUCUGCAGAGCUUCAGAUCGGUGAUCAAAUGAAAGUCAAUCUCAACACUGGACAAAGUCCAGGAGUCAAAGAUCAAGAUUACACAUACAUGAUCUUAAGUAAAGGUCAGAUUGUUCAAGCAAACAGAUUUAAGAGGAAAGGACAAGCUCUAGUGACUCUGUCUCUACCUGUAACCAAAGACAUGGUGCCGUCCUUCCGCUUUUUGGCUUAUUAUCAUGUGGGCUCGUCUGAGGUGGUGUCUGAUUCAGUCUGGGUCGACGUGAAGGACACGUGCAUGGGAACGCUCGAGCUUCAGGUGAAGAACAAGAUGAAUACCUAUGGCACAGGAGAUGAGGUCACGCUGCAGAUAAGUGGAGAUCCUGGAGCUAGAGUUGGGCUGGUGGUGGUUGACAAGGCUGUGCAAGUCCUGAACAAGAACAGACUCACUCAGACUCAGAUCUGGGACGUCAUAGAGAAGCAUGACACCGGUUGUACGGCAGGAGGUGGAAGGGACAGUAUGGGGGUUUUCAGUGAUUCAGGUCUGAUGUUUGAGUCACACACUGCAGGAGGAACCAACACCAGAAUAAUGCCUGGAUGUCCCGUCCCUGAAAAGAGAAAACGAAGAGCUGAGAGUCGCCUGCAGAUCACUAGUACACUGGCUGGUCAAUACUCUGGUGAACUGAAGCAGUGCUGCUUUGAUGGGAUGAGGGAUAAUAAACUCGGCUACACCUGUGAACGAAGAGCCACCUACAUCGUAGACGGGCCAGAGUGCAGAAAGGCCUUCCUGCACUGCUGCAAAGAGAUGGAAACCCGCAAAAACAUGAAGACAGAAGAGGAGGAGAUGAUUCUGGCUCGCAGUGAUGAUGAAGAUGACUAUUAUACAGACUCUGAUGAGAUCGUGUCACGUACUCAGUUCCCUGAGAGUUGGCUUUGGGAAGAGAUUGAUCUGUGUGAGAAUUGUCCAGCACCAGUCACAGAUAAAGUGAUCUACCUGAAAGACUCUAUCACUACCUGGCAGAUCUUGGCUGUCAGUCUGUCACCAACACUUGGCAUCUGUGUGGCAGAACCUGAGGAGAUUAUCGUUUUUAAGAGCUUAUUCGUUGACCUCAAGAUCCCUUAUUCAGCUGUGCGCGGUGAACAACUGGAGAUCAAGGCCAUUAUUCACAACUACACACCAAAGAAGCAGAAGGUGCGUGUGGAGUUUAUGGAGACAGAACAUGUUUGCAGCUUUGCCAGUAAGAAAGGCAAAUACAGAACAACAGUAAACAUUGACAAAGACUCCAGCAAAGCGGUUUCAUAUGUGAUUAUUCCCAUGACGCUGGGAAAUCAUGAUAUUGAGGUGAAAGCUGCAGCAUUUGAUUCUGUCCACACUGAUGGAAUAAGAAAGACCCUGAAGGUGGUGUCUGAGGGUGUGCUGAUUCCAUUACACAGACCAAAAGUGGAGCUCAAUCCUGUUAAGGAUGGGGAGGAGCCUAUAGUUAUUAGAGCUGAAAUACCAGCGGAUCGGGUUCCAGACACUCCUGCUAACACCUACAUCUCGAUUGCUGGUGAAGAGAUCUCUCAGACAGUUGAGCAGGCCAUCAGUGGAGACUUCAUGGGUCGCCUUAUUGUCCAGCCCCAUGGAUGUGGAGAGCAGAACAUGAUCUUCAUGACUCUACCUCUCAUUGCCACUCAUUAUCUGGACAGCACAAAUCAGUGGGAUACUGUUGGUAUGGACAAGCGUAAUGAAGCCAUUAAUCAUAUCAAAACAGGUUAUCAACGGCAGCUGGGUUACCGUAAAUCAGAUGGAUCCUACGCUGCCUGGGUAAACAGGCAGAGCAGCACAUGGCUGACAGCAUAUGUGGCCAAAAUCUUCGCCAUGGCCAAUAACUUUGCUCCUAUAGAGGAAAAUGUGCUCUGCAGUGCCCUCAAGUGGCUCGUUCUCCACAAACAACUGCCAGACGGCUCCUUUAAAGAGGAUUCAGCUGUAAUUCAUGGAGAGAUGGUGGGUGAUGUACGAGGCAUAGAUGCCGAUGCCUCUCUGACGGCCUUUGUUGUGAUUGCCAUGCAAGAGGCCAGAGAGAUCUGUGCUGGAUCAGUUGGUAGUCUGCAUGAAAGUAUCAGGAAGGCUGUUGUAUUCUUAGAAGGUCGACUUCCACAACUAAGAAAUCCUUACGCUGUUGCGAUGACGUCCUACGCCAUGGCCAAUGCUGAAAAACUCGAUAAAGACAUCUUGAUGAAACAUUCCACCCAAGGAGACGCCGGUAGGCUUUGGACUGUCGCUGGACAGCGUCAUCACUCUCUAGAGGCGACGGCCUAUGCUGUGCUGGCACUUGUGAAGGCCAAAGACUUUGAUAAAGCAGGAGAAGCAGUUUACUGGCUGCGUUCACAACAGUCUCAUUAUGGUGGAUCUGGCACCACACAGGCGACCAUCAUGGUGUUCCAGGCCGUGGCAGAGUAUCGCACGCAGGUGAAGGACCGACAAAACUUCAAUCUGGACGUGGAGCUGUCAGUGGCAGGAAGAAGCAAACCUGUCAGAUAUACUAUUAAAAGAGACAAUGUGCAUCUUGCACGAUCAGACAAGGUGGAGAUCAACAAGGACUUCAAUGUGACGGCUAAAGGAACUGGAAUGGCCACUCUCUCAGUUCUGACGCUGUACUAUGCCAGACCUGUUGAGAAGAAGUCUGACUGUACACUCUUUGAUCUGACUGUUAAAAUGGUGCAAGACUUUGAAACAAAACAAGAAGGAGCCAUUGAAACUUACAAGCUCACCAUGGAUUUCUUCUACAAAAGCGAUAAAACCGAUGCCACCAUGACAAUUCUGGACAUUGGCAUACCGACAGGAUUUAGAGUGGAAAGCAAAGAUCUUGAAGAGUUGUCCACAGGGAAGGAGAGAUACAUUCAGAAAUUUGAGAUGGACAAAGUGCUGUCAGAGCGAGGAUCCCUCAUCCUCUACUUAGAUAAGGUUUUGCGUAUAGAAAAACAAAGAAUCACCUUCAGAAUGCACAAGAUGCUUGAUGUGGGUCUGCUUCAACCUGCCGCUGUCACAAUAUAUGAAUAUUACUCACCCAAUGCACGCUGUACAAAGUACUUCCACCCUGAGCGGGAAGAUGGCGCUUUAUACAGACUGUGUAAGGGAGACAUGUGCCAGUGUGCAGAAGAAAACUGCAGUUACCAGAGGAAAGAAGGUGUCGGAGAUGGGGAGCGCUUGAAUAAAGCCUGUGAAGCUGGCAUGGAUUAUGUUUAUAAAGUCUCAGUGGUGGGGAUGGAUCUGGCACAGGACUCUGACAUCUUUCACUUGAAGGUGGAGCAAGUGCUGAAAGAAGGCACUGAUGAGGAUGUUGAGGGGAGAGUCAGACCAUUUUUGGGUCGUCCCAAUUGCAGAGAUCAUUUGGGAUUGAAAGAAGGCAAGUCGUACCUCAUCAUGGGCAAAUCCACUGACCUGCCAAGGCUCGGAGGAACUCUGCAGUACAUCUUGGGAGAGCACACCUGGGUUGAAUACUGGCCGACAAAACAGGAAAGCCAAACUCGGGAAUACAGGGAUCAGUACAUCGGCAUCUCUGAAGUUGAGAAUAGCCUCCUCAAAGAAGGAUGUGCUACAUAAUUAUAUAAACAUUUGUUGAUUACAGAAAAUGAAA